UUGUCACGUGUGUAGCAUCGCAACAAUAUUUCACGAUCUUGCUCACAUUUUUAAACGCAAGACGGGCGUCGAUAUGGACGAAUUAUUAAUAGAAAGCGUUAAAAAACGUUCAGUAUUGUACGAUAUAAAAUCGUGUAAUUAUUCGAACCAAAAAAUUCGACAAGAAGCUUGGGAGGAAGUGGGACACGAACUAAAAAUACCUGCUGAAGACGCAAAGCAGAAAUGGAAUAAACUGAGAAGGUGUUUCUGCAAUGCUAUAAAUAGAAGAAGAAACAAAGACACCGGCGAAGUGUCUAAUAAAAUUUUACCUUGGAGGUUAGAGCUGCAGAUGAACUUUAUCGUGCCAUUUUUAGGAAGUAGACCUUCGCAUGGCAAUACAGAAGAACCUGAUAUUCAAAUGUUCCAGUAUAACACUUUUACUGAUGUAAACCAAGAACAGUACGAUGAAGAAAACGAUAACCCGCCUGAUACAAAAUGUAGUGCAACUAAUAAUAUUAAUUCAGACUUGCAAAUUGAAGAAUGCGUUUUGGGAAAGGGGCACUUUAAUAACCAAAAUACAGGGGAUGUGUUAGAGAACAUAAAGAAAAAUAAACGCGCAAAACCUGAAGCGAAAGAUUCACCACAAAAAUUUGUAGAAAUUGUGAACGAAAAUGAUGCUUUAAGAAACUCUAAGUACAAGAACGAAUCGCCACAGUCGAAAUCGGUUUGUUAUUGUGGUAUGGACGAAACCGAUAUGUUUUUCUUGAGCAUGUCAAGGAUGACCAAACAGUUACCUCGAUUUGAACAAAGUAAAAUUAAGUUGACUUUAAGUAAUGCUGUGCUACAGGCGGAUAUCAGGGAUCAGGAAAGAAGACAUGACUUAGAUACUGAACAGUCGCCGUAUUAUAGUCUAGGAUCUUCCUUAACCUCUGACAAUUCUAAUAAUAAUCUACUAUCGCUAAACGAAAAUGCGACUUCAGCUUCUUACCCAGGUACAAGAUUUAAAACCGAGUCAAUAAACUACGAUCACUGAAGAGAAUGGAUUGUCGAAAAAAAUCUAAUUACUUAAUUUUUAAUAUUGCUGUUAAUUUCUAAAAAAUAAAUUA